UGUAUUUGGAAAAGCAUUUUUGUUUUUAUAUCAUUCACGAAAAUGGUUUUCAAUUUCUAUUUUUGUUAUCUCGUCAGUUUGUUUUAACUAUGAUUACGUUUAUAUUUUAAUUGUUAUUUCGCUGUUUGUAUCAAGUGGAAUAUGAUAGAGUGCAAAUUUUCCUCAUGGAAAAAACGUGCGUUUUUAGGGGGGGGGCAUUGAUAGCAUUUCGAUUCAUUUCAAUAAGGAAAGUAAUUAUGAAUGUGUUGCUUUCAAUGUUUUAAAUAUUCUAUUCGCCACUUUAUUGUGUAAGUGUAAAAGAACAAAUAUAAUGUGGUGUUGGUGGACUUCGUUCCUUCAGCAUUCUGUAGUAGUUGUGUGACUGACGUCGAGCGAAAAAAACCCCUCACUAUAUUGGAUUACAAGAUGGCGCCCCGUGGACGUUAGCGAGGAAGGAGGCCGCCGGAGUUGUGUUGUGUUUCCCCUGUCCACCUCCAUCUCUCCUCCUUCAAACGAGGGGGGUUUAUCUUUCAACUUGUGCGCCGUCGCCGUGAGCAUGCCGAUUAAGUAGCAGUCCCCGCCGCCGAUACUUUUCGUGCCCCCCCAGCUUAGCUCGUCCGUGCCGUCUAACAUGCGGGCGUCAACAAAGUUGUCAGGCUAGGGCGGAAAACACCGAGGCGCCUCGCUUCGCUUGUUAGCAUCCAGCUAGCGUAGCCUGCUAGCUCCCCCCUUUCCCUGUUCACAAUGUCGGACACUCGGCGGCGGGUGAAAGUUUAUACGCUCAACGAAGACCGCCAGUGGGACGACCGGGGCACCGGACACGUUUCGUCGACGUUUGUGGAACGACUCAAGGGAAUAUCUUUACUAGUUCGGGCUGAAUCCGACGGGUCACUGCUGUUGGAGUCGAAGAUUAGCCCCAAUACUGCCUAUCAGAAACAACAGGACACACUGAUCGUCUGGUCCGAGGCGGAUAAUUAUGACCUGGCUUUGAGUUUCCAGGAGAAGGCGGGCUGCGAUGAGAUCUGGGAAAAAAUUUGUCAGGUGCAAGGGAAAGACCCUGCCCUGGACAUCACCCAAGACCCCAUCGACGAGUCAGAGGAGGAGCGCUUUGAGGAGAUCCCCGAGACGAGCCACCUGGUGGAACUGCCGCCUUGCGAGCUCAGCCACCUGGAGGAGAUCGCCGACCUGGUGACGUCAGUGCUGUCGUCGCCCAUUCGGCGGGAAAAACUGGCCUUGGCCCUCAUGGGCGAGGACUACCUCAAGAAACUGCUGGGCCUGUUCCGAGUGUGCGAGGACCUGGACAACCGGGAGGGCCUGCACCACCUGUACGAGAUCGUCCGCGGCGUCCUCUUCCUCAACAAGGCCGCCCUCUUCGAGGUGAUGUUCUCCGACGACUGCAUCAUGGACGUGGUGGGCUGCCUGGAGUACGACCCGGCGCUGGUCCAGCCCAAGCGACACCGCGAGUUCUUGACCAAGACGGCCAAGUUCAAGGAGGUGAUCCCCAUCACGGACUCUGAGCUGAGGCAGAAGAUCCACCAGACGUACCGCGUGCAGUACAUCCAGGACAUCAUCCUGCCCACGCCGUCCGUCUUCGAGGAGAACUUCCUCUCCACGCUCAACUCCUUCAUUUUCUUCAACAAGGUGGAGAUUGUCAGUAUGUUGCAGGAGGACGAGAAGUUCCUCACUGAAGUUUUUGCACAGCUCACGGACGAAGGCACAGACGAGAGCAAAAGGCGAGAACUUGUGAACUUCGUCAAGGAGUUCUGCGCUUUCUCGCAGACGUUGCAGCCCCAAAACAGGGACGCUUUCUUCAAGACGCUGGCCAAUCUCGGCAUCUUGCCCGCGCUGGAAAUAGUCAUGGGAAUGGACGACCUGCAGGUGAGGGCGGCAGCUACGGAUAUCUUCUCCUACCUGGUGGAAUUCAGCCCCUCGAUGGUCCGGGAGUUUGUCAUGCAGGAACUACAACAGACCGACGACGAUGUUCUGCUCAUCAACGUGGUGAUCAAGCAGAUGAUCUGCGACUCGGACCCCGAGUUGGGCGGCGCCGUCCAGCUGAUGGGUCUGCUCAGGACGCUCAUCGACCCCGAGAACAUGCUGGCCUCCACCAACAAAACGGAGAAGACAGAGUUCCUGAGUUUCUUCUACAAGUACUGCAUGCAAGUUUUAACGGCACCCCUGCUGGCCAACACGGCGCACGACAAAAACUCGAAAGAUUUACAAGAGGCAUCGACCAAGAUCAACCCCGUGUGUCCAGAUAACUUUCAGACGGCCCAACUGCUGGCUCUGAUCCUGGAGCUGCUUACCUUCUGCGUGGAGCACCACACAUACCACAUCAAGACCUACAUCAUGAACAAAGACCUGCUGCGCAGAGUGCUGGUGCUCAUGAACUCCAAGCACACCUUCCUUGCCCUCUGCGCGCUGCGUUUCAUGCGGCGGAUCAUCGGGCUGAAGGACGAGUACUACAACCGCUACAUCAUCAAAGGGAACCUGUUUGAGCCGGUCAUCAACGCGCUGCUGGACAACGGCACGCGAUACAACCUCCUCAACUCGGCCAUCAUCGAGCUCUUCGAGUUCAUCAAAGUGGAGGACAUCAAGUCCCUCAUCGCGCACAUUGUGGAUAACUUCUACAAAGCACUUGAGCCCAUCGAGUACGUGCAGACCUUCAAGGGCCUGAAGGGACGAUACGAGCAGGAGAAAGACCGACAGAGUCAGAAGCUCACCAGAUACCGGCGCGAGGCUCGCUCGUUGGACGAGGAUGAAGAGCUGUGGUUCAACGAGGACGAAGACGACGACGAGGCGGAGGCGGUGGACAAGAGCCGCAUGGAAGACGACUACUCUGACGGCUACGGCAAGUACAUGGAGGCCAAAAAAGCCGGCGCAGCUCACGGCGCCAACAACGGCAAAGCCGCCGCGCUGCCUCCCACCUCGCCCCCCGCCACGCCCAACAACAGUUCCGCAUCCUCGGUCAAGACGGUCGCACUUCCUGCCUCGCCGGUAGUCAAGACCCCUCUGGUCGGUUUGGUGGACUAUCCCGAUGACGAGGAUGAAGAGGAGGAAGACGAAGAGGAGGAAGAGGCGCAAUCCCCCCGCAAGCGUCCGCGUCUCAGUUCUUAACAUCGCCGCAAGUCUGGCGCCGUCUCCUUUUCCCUCACGCUCUUGGCCUGCUCGGAAUUUGAUGGAGCCACCUUCCUUGUCUCUGGACCCUCACUAACCAUUAACCUCCUCCUCCUCCUCCUCAUCAUCAUCUUCAUCAUCAAAGUGCCAAGGCCCGCCCGCCUUCCCUGUUUCGGCUUUAUUGUGAUAGGUACAGAAGCCCGAAGGGAAGCGCCUCACUGAUUCACAAAAUGGAGGCCGUCGGUGAAUGAACUGCGCUACAGACCAGUCAGGCUAGCAGGACUAGCCCCCCGCCACCCCCCUUGUAGUUGUUAGGACGCUUGACUGGCCGUUCGCGGAGAGGACGGGACAACAUACGACCAGGGAGCCCAGAUGACUUUCAAAAAGGACUGUACAGAUGUUUUUUUUCUCUCUACAUCCUUCUGUUUUAACAUUGCCCCCUCCGCCCCUCUCCCAGUUAAAAAAUAAAAGAAGAGAAAAAAAAGGGACGACAGCCACACCCAGCCUGCUUUUUUUGGGGGGGGGUCGCUGUUCUCCCUUUUGGUCCUGUUCAUUUGAUUCAAUGUAAAUCUGCAAAUGCUGAUUUAAAAAAAAAAAGAGAGAGGGAGGUAAUCGCAUUGAAACUGCAGUAAAGUUGUUUUUGCAGCCAACUUUUGGGAAUGCGUUUGAGUUGUGUAAUUUUAGGAAGCCAACACGGCAAAAUCUUCAUUUCGUUGUCAGAAGGGGAUUUAAUUUCAAAGCGACUGUUGAUUUCGUUUUGACCACUUUGUAGCUCGACGUGAAUUUCAAUCUCAUUUGAUACACAUUUUGAUACAAAUGUCA